AUGACCUCAGCAGAGGCGGAGAAGGGACUAGGGGCCCAAGAUGAGGUGGUGGAAGUGCUUGCACGACUUUCAGAGGUGCCCAGUGGCCACACUCAGAGCUCUGAGAGUCCAGUGAUGGGAAACCAGGGCCUGGUGUCAGCCCAUGAGGCCUGCAGGACCCAGGGUGAAGAUAAGUGUCCAAUAGGACCAGUCUCAAAGCCAGAGCUCCUGGAGGAACAACUCAAGCUGGAGGAACAGAAACUCAAGCCAGAGGUGGAGGCACUAGAGGAGAGAGGCCUCAGGCCUAUGGCCUCCAUUGUGAGGUCCAGUCAUGGUCCUAAGAGGAAGCCAGUCAACCUUCCAGGGCCUAGCCACCAAGCCCAUCUUAGGGCUGAAGCUGAGCUGCCCCAGGGGCUGCCGCUGCAGAGGGAGGACCUGGAGGGUAGACAGAGUGAGCCCUCACUGUCUGCCAAACAGCACAAAAAAGCCAAGAAACGCAAGAGUCUGGGGGCCCUAGUGCUCCCAGCUGUGGCCAGCACAGUGUCUACACCCUCAGAGACCUUGGGGCUGGAGCGAAAGGCCCAGCGCCUACGGCCCUUGUACCAGUACAUCAACUAUUGCAACCCUGAGCUGAACCAGGAAGGGGAUAGGGAGGCUGAGGCUGAGGUGGAACCUGAGUCAGAGCUGACCCUGGUCCCCGAAGAGGCAUGUGUGGAACAACUGCCGGCCUUGCUGCCUGUGGCAGGUGAGCUGGGCUCAGGCCUCACUUUGCCCUGCCCCAGUAUGUUUGUGUCUCCCACCCAUGCUCUGAUUCCCCUUGGAGAGGAGGCUGGAGAGGAGCCUGGGAGUUUGCCCAGCUUGGGGGUCAGCGGCCUCCUCAAGACUGAGAUGGAUAAGACAACUCAGGUGGACAUCAACAAGAUGCUAAGUGUCUGUGCUGCCCCACUUGUACCCCCACUCUCUCCUCAGUACAAGUGA